GGGCCUCCUCUGGCCCUGCUCCAACAGCUCCGUGUCCUUCUGCUGUUGGUGGCCCGUUGGAGCAGCUCCAGGGCAGGGCUGGGACCGGAUGGUCUUUGACGGUCCCAUUCGAUGCUCAGUCCCUCUGCGGGACGUGUCCCCCCUCCCCGAACCCCCCUGUUCCCUCCGCUCCCCGGGGCCGGUCGCCCGGCAGCGAGGGGUUGCCCCAUCCCUGGAGCUUCCCGCCCUCCCGCCGCCAGGGGGCGCUGCCGCCCCGCCGCCCUCCCCCGGAAGCGCCCGUUGCCCUGGAAACGGGACGCGGCGGUUCCUGACCGGGCCCGGCCGCCUCCGCCGCAGCGUGUGUGAGGAGCUGGGAGGCCUCGCGGUCCCCGCUCUGCCCCAGCCCGCUUCUCCCCAGGAGUGUCCCCCCGACGCCCGGUGCCGCUCCGGGAGGGGCCGUGCAGGCCUGGGCCCGCGGCAGCUCCCCGCACCCGCUGCGGCCUCCAGCGGGGGAUGCUGCGGCGACGCCGGCCCCCCCCCACCCCCGGCGACACUGGGCCACCCCGGCAGCAGGGUGCUCCGGUGGGCGCCCAGGGGGUGUCUGCUGGGCCCAGGAGAGGGUGUGCAUUCACUUGGCCGGCGCUGGAAGCCAGAUGGGGCCAGUCACUGCGCGAACGCUGUGCCGGGCCCCGCCGAAGCCUCCCGGGAAAGGCGUGAAGGCGGUGGCCGCUCCCUCCGCUCCCUUCGGGGCUCGCCAUGAGGGGCCCGGCACCGGCAGAGCCAGGUGUGUGUCUGUCCCUGCCGAGGGCUGGCAGGUGCUGGAGGAGAGGGGAAAAUAAGCAGCGGGCAUCGGGCUGCAGGCUCCAAAUCUCCAACCGGUUUUCCUCCUCAGCUGCUGUGGAUUUAGGGAGCGUUUUCACAUCUUAGAGCUGCGUCCUGGGUGUGAGUUUCGUACCUCAGAGCUUGGUGGCGACCACCACACGUUAAAAGUGUCCUGGAGAAGAAGAGGGGAAGAAAAACUCAGUACAGAGUCGGCAUUUCAGCUCUUCGCGGGGUUAACAAUGCAUAUACUUUUUGUUUGGUUUUGCUCUGGGGCAGUGAUGGAGAUUUUGGGUUGCAGUGUCACCCUAAAACCUCAUUUCCUCUGCCCAACUUUGCUAUUCGUGGAGUCAUCCAGGCCAAAAUUUGCUUCGUAUUUCCAAACCACCGGAAAAGCAGUCGGUGGCAUUUCUAGUUGCUGGUACAGCGCCUGUCACAAAGGGGGGUUUCGCCAGGGUCUCCCAGGCACUGCAGGAGCAUAAGUAGCACUGUAUAUGUGUGUGUUAAUUAGCUUUGUAUUGCUGUCUGACCAGGUGAAAAGGACACCCCUACGGCUCGGGGAGCACCCAGCUUUGCCGGUGUGCUUGGGUGGGCUGUUAGCCCUCCUGCAUCGGGCGUUUUGGGGUCUGGCCAUGCCGCUGCUGGGUCCAGGGCAACAGUGUGAGCCAGCCUGCGCCCGUUCCUGGGCCAGCAGCGGCUGCAGGUGCCUGUCCUCGGGGACUCGUAUGGGGCUGAGAGCCGGCGGGAGACGAUGUGCACCUGGGGAGCGGAGUUGCAGCUCGGUGCCGGAGCACCCACCGGAGACUUCCGAGCCCCCCAGCGCUGUGGGCGGUGUGUGAAUGUGGCUUUCUGCUCGGCAGUGGGUGUGAAGAGAGUGUGAAUUCUCAUCAGCGCUUUCAUUACCUUAAUAAAAUUACUUCAGGUCUGUUAAGUUCUACUGCAGAAAAAUAAGACAUAAUUGCACGUUUCGUUAGCUUCUCCUUCCCCCGAGCCCCAGAAGAGCUCAUCCCCUGGGUCUGGCUUCCAUGGCCGUUCAUGAAAUCCACGUCGACUGUGGGAUCUUCUCCAACAGCCUGGGCCAGGUGAGGAGCUGGUGAACUCUGCUCGGCACAGAGCUUCUGUCAGAAUGGCCUCUCUCCCUCUUUCAUCCUCAGCUUUGUCAGAUAAUAAGAAGUUAUUCAGAGCUGUGGCCUUUUUGAAAAAGACUGUCAAAGCUUUUCUUCUGUUAAGAGACAAGUUCUUACCUAAACUCACCCACUGUACAGAAAUAGCAGUGAUAAUAAGCCCGAAAUGAGGAGAUUAAGAACGGGCAUGUGUUUUAACCCCUGGCUGUUGUUCACCGAGGUCUCCCAGCGUUUAUCCACCACAUCUUACGCUCUCCAUUGCCCACACACUUAUGUCGGAGACUCUGUUCAAGUACUUUUAGCUUUGCACACUUGGGAGUUGUCCCAUCGAGGCCCAGAUGGUCGCAGUCUGGAGUCAGCGGCAGCGCGUAGACCAGAUUUAGCACUGUCUGGGCUAAUCUGAGGCUUUUUUUGCUUUAAAACUUGUCUUUUUUCACAUAGCAUCUCUGUUGUGAAGGGAGAAAUUGGGGAAGGUCUUUCCUGUCGCCAGCUGUAGCUUGAGCAGAGCUCAAAGAUCCUGGUACCCCUUUGGAAGGCUCUUUGACCCAGGAGGUACAAGGACCGUAGAGAUCAAGAGAAAAUUGCCUGGAAGUAAGUUGAUGUUAGAUGCUACUGGGAUGGUCUUGGAGCAGAUGGUUGGAUUCAUGGAUUAAUUCAGGGGUUAAUCAGAUCUUAAAUUCUCUAACGAUCCCUGUGUAGGGAUGGAGACCCUACACCUGGGUUUUGGGAACAGUCUGUAAUAUAAAUGGAGUGGUACCUCCUAGCUGCACUAUGGCUUCACUGGGGGUAUCUGCUCAGCUUCUUGGUUCAGUAUCUGCUGUGCACUGUCUUAAGAAUACAGAAACCUCCUGACAAGUGUGAUUUCCCGAGGUGACGGUAAGAAUUGGCUCCACCUUAUGGUGGAUGAAGGUGGAUGCCCCACCCGCUAGUAACCAAAGUUGUUAGCAACGUCGCUUGUGCCCAACCGGAGGGAAAAGCUGCCGCUAUAGAGAUCCUUAGAUCCUUCCUUUUGCCAUCAGCCACUGCCUGCCUGAUACUGUGCAACGAUCCUGGACUCCGGGCACAUGGAUUUUGCAGAGAAUGAGAAUGUGCGGCUGCAGGAUAGGAAUGAGAGGCCGUACGGGCGCAGAGACCCGCAGGAGAGGAUGGGGAAGCUGGCUGGCUCCAAACCAGAUUUGUCAGCCAGAACGGGCUUCAACGAAGAGGAAAAAUUGAAGAUUUCCAAAGAGCUCGUUGAUCUCCAGAUCGAGACAAACAAAAUGAAGGAGCAGUAUGAGACGGAGAACUUUGAACUGAAAAACAUGAUCCUGGCCCUGGAGAACCGCGUGCAGGAGCUGGAGCUCUGCAGUCAGAAAGUCACUGGGGAGCGGGAUGCCUUAGAGGAACGCCUGCACACUCUGGAGACCAGUCGGAAGGAGCUGGCGGAUGAGUACAUCAUUUUGAAAAGCAAUUACCUGGCCCUGGGCAAAGAACUGGACCAGGAGGUCAUGAAGAAUGAAGAGCUCAGCCUAGAGCUGCUCACCCUGGCCAAUGCCAGGAGCACCCUUCCCCACACAGAGAGCAACCACGUCCCCGCCAUGGCCCAUGAAUCCUCUGCCGAGCUGGAAAGAGUGCGAGCAACGGUGCGUCGUCUCUCGGCUCGGAAAUUGAAGUUGCUUGGAAACCAGGAUCACAUCAAAGCGGAGCUUGAAAAACUGAAGCAAACCUACGAUUUGCAGCAGCAGAAGCUGGAAGAGAGAGUGAUCGCGAUGGGGAAGGAACUACAGGAGGCAAAGGCAGCGAUUGGGGACACCCAGCGCAAGCUGGUGGAGCAGUCGGCGGUGCUGCUCACCUCCCAGAGCCAGCUCCAAGAGGUGGAGGCGGAGAACUCCCGGCUGCAGCUCCGGCUGAAGCAGCUGAAUGAGGAAUAUCGCUCCCGGCUCGCGCAGUACAUCAAGGACGUGGCGGACUACAUGGACAGCAAAUCCAGCAACGUGGCGGGGCCUAGCAAAUCCCCCGCUGAUCACGCUCACAUGAAACGCUUUGUGGACAGCAUGCUGAAGGAUAUCAGGGCUUCCUACAAGUCUCGGGAAGAGCAGCUAGCCGUAGCGGCACGUGGCUACAAGAAACGCAUAAAGAACUUGGUCAAGAAGCAUGAGAACCUGCUGAUUGCUUACGGGCUCCAGCGAGAGCAGAUCCGGUCCUUGGGCAGCAGCGCUACGGAUUGUGGCCCUGCCGAGCUCCACUUUUCCAUCACAGACCCUGAACUGCUGACAAACACAACCCGGGAGCUAAACCGGCUGCGGGAGGAUAAAGCCAAACUGGAGAUGCAGCUACAUGAACUGCAGAAGAAAACACCGAAAGAAACCUCUGCCUUUCCACUGUCUCCUGAGCAGCAGCUGGAUGAGGAGGGCUGGGCAGAGGUCAGGAAGCAGCUCCGGGAGUUUGCACGCACCACCCAGGAGGAUUUGGAGCAGGAGAGGAGUCAGCUGCUGACUCGGGCGGUCGUGGCAGAAGAGCAGGUGUCGGAGCUGCAGGAAUACAUAGAUAAGCAUCUCGCAAGGUACAAGCAGGAGAUCCUCCGGUUGAGGAAACUCGCCGACAGCGAGAUGCCACGCGUGCUCAGCGCCAGGGCAGCCGAUACUCCCUCGCUGCCCAGAGCCAGGAGGACCCUCAGCCACCAACCGUAGCUCUCCACCACAGCUCUGAGAUGCCGCACGACCACGGGAAAGAGCAGGAUUUAAAAGGAGGGAGCUUUCUGUUGUGUGGGCUGGCCGGGAUGAGAAUCCUUCCCCGGCUGAGAGCCGGGAGGCGCAGCGAGGGAAACCACGCGGGUGUUCUCAGGCUCAAAUUAACAGCACUAAAAUGGGACGAGACAACUGCGUCUUGUCUAUCCUCUGACCCCUCAGCUGUAGGAAUUCUGCUGGUCCCCGAGCACGUCCCGCCUCGGGACACGGGGUCAGGUUCCCAGGCAGCUUUUUCCUGCGGAGCCGGUAUCAUCCCUGCGACACCGCUUCUCCUGGCUCACACCUAGACCGCAGUCCAAGGGCGAAAUCUGCUCCUGCCUUCGCUCCCCUCUCAGCUUCCAAGAGAUAAGGCCAGGGCUGGCUCAAGCUAGACUUUGGUCCAAGGGGAUGAGCUGCAAUUUAAGGUGCGAAAACCUUUUUUUCCUCUGUGUUUGAGUGUUUUAUAAUGUUUCAUACGGUGAGCAGG